AUUUUGGUAAGUUAAAAUGUCAAAGUUAAGCCUGGAGAUCUCCAAAAAGCGAGGAGCCGCCUACAAGGACUAUCCCUCAAGGAAUAAACAUUUAGAGAAAAAGCUGACUGAACUUUCAGAUAAUUCUUAUCUAUCCCAAGCAAUCGAGCAAACCUGAGAUAGCAAAAUUAGAGCUCUAUCUGAAGAUUAUUGAGAAGGCAGGAAGAAGCUUAAUGACAAAAACCUUGUGCCUAACAUUGACCCAUAUAUUGAAAAAUAGCUCUAAAUUCUUACAAAAAUCGGAAACCAACGAGAAAUUAAAAUUUAUUCAGAAGAACUUAAGCAAUUUACGCAAGACAGGAGAAAGCAGAGAGGAAUAUGAGAGUUCUCUCAAUUUGCUACUCCAGAGCCAGAACAAUACACAUGGAAGGAAUGCAGCCAAUACUUAUGAAGAGCGAGUCAAACUCUUUGAAACAGACAUUGAAGAGAAAAAUAAAAAAGCAGAAGACUUCGUAAAGAAAAUGAAGGAAGAAAGGCACAAGAGAGACCAAAAGCGUCGAAAUGAGCAAAAGAAGCUGCUCAGUAAGGUUCUUAAAGGUCAGGAGCAUUUUAAAGAUAUCCAUAAGACCAAGGAAAAUGAAAAAUCCCUUGAAAAAGCUAAGCAAUUAAAGGACAUCCAGAAGAGAAGGGAAAUGAAAUAAGUCUGAAAGAAUCCUUAAAAUGAAAGAGUGGAAGAAGAAGGAAAAGGAGUUACAGAAGAAGCAAUAUAGUUACAUCCUAAGUGAACAGAAAUAUGAAAAGGACAUCGUUCUUCCAGAACUCGAGAAGUAUAAGGAAGAAGUCAGGAAAAAGAAGGAAUAUUGUAAGCCGAUUGACCCAACAGAGAUCAAGCAGCAUGAAAAGAAGUAUAUGGACCUCUUAAAAUCUCUUAAUGAUGAAAAGAAGACAAAAAGAAAGCAGUGGUACAAACAAAUCGGGUAUGGAGAGUACGACGAAAAUAAAUUCAAGAACAAACUUCAGCUAAAAUUCCAGGAAUAUGAGAAAGAGAAAAUCUUAAAAGAGGAGAAAGAAAAGCAAGAGAAGAUGGAAAAAUAGACUCAAGGCAGAGAAAUAUGCUAAGUUUGUUAAGGAAAUGCAUUGGCCAAAAGUAUCCCUCAUGAAGAAGAAAGAAAUGGACAAUCUAAAGGAAAUUACCGAUAAUAAAAGGUCUCUAGAAAUCAGACAAUCACUAAAUACCUCUUCAAAUUCACAUCUGAUUAGAGGAAAGUUGUCUUCAAAUCGUAGUGAAAGGAAUCAUUUUAACCAAAAGACAGAUUAUUUGUCCAUAUCAAACCCUACUCUGUCUAAUCUCAAGAAGAAAGCUAGAGACUCAAAGAGUAGUUAUUCUAUCAUCAAAGCCCCUAAGAGGAAAUGGAAGGAAAACAACAUGAUACCGAAACCACCUCCAAAAAGGGAACCCCAAGUUGUAGAUUACUUGUUGAAGCAAAGACAAAAGAGGGAGAAGUCAUCUGAGGCUGGCCGCUAUCGUAAGAUUAGGACCCCAUACCUAGACAUAAAGGAUAGCUCAACUGGUAGAAAUGAUAAACAGAGAGGAUUCUUCAACAAUAGCUCCUUUGACAGCUAUGGCUUGUCCAAAGGAAAUCUAACUAUAGAUAAAGGGGAAGAAAAAGCAGAACAAUUUGAGAAAAUUGGACAGAUUAGAGAAAAAGCAAGGAUGAUUGAAAGAGAUGCUAGCAGGAAAGAGCAGCUGCUCAAAUUUCAAGAUGGCUCCAUUACUGAGAAUGUGGAUGUGAACGAUUUGUACAUUGACGCCAUCACAGCUAAAUUACAGAUUCUAGACAAUUUGUAG